AUGAACUCCCAAGGCCAAGAUGACCCAACUCGCAAUCCAUCUUCUUCUCGCUUUCGUGCUUCAAGGCUUUGGAAACUUUGUCUUGAUGAAACGAAGGCCGCUAUCGAAAGGCGGGCUCGGUUAAAUCGCAUGUUGUGCAUUCUCAUGGCUAGCUAUCUCAUCAACAAAGACGACGACGAUAACGACGACGAUGACAAUGAUGAUGAAGAGGAGGAGGAGGAGGAUUCCCAAAAACAAGUUCUCCAGUCUCCACCUCCCUUAAUUUUCUACGUUAUUCCUAUAUAUCCGCCAAAGAAUAACACGGAAAAGCGAAACGACACCGUUGUGAGCAAACCCUCCAUCGGGCCCCACUCACCAAGUCCAUUUAAACCCGAGCCCUCGCUCAUUCCAGAAACAAAACCCGACACGUCGUUUUCCCACCUCAAUCCGAAAACCCCGGAAAUGGAAUCGCCGGAGCAGAUCUUCAUUCUCUCGGGCCAGAGCAACAUGGCGGGUCGGGGCGGCGUGCUCCGCGACCACACCCGCCACCACUACCAGCAUUGGGACGGCGUCGUUCCUCCCGAGUCGCAGCCCGACCCUUCCAUCCUCCGCCUCAACGCUCACCUCCACUGGGAGGCGGCGCGUGAGCCUCUCCACGCUGACAUCGACGCCAGGAAGGUGUGCGGCGUCGGUCCGGGAAUGUCGUUCGCCAACGCGGUGCGGGGGCGCGUGGGGGAGGGGAGGAUCGGGCUGGUGCCGUGCGCGGUCGGCGGUACGGCGAUCAAGGAGUGGGCGCGUGGGGAGCAUCUCUAUGAGAACAUGGUGAAGAGGGCGCGUGAGAGCGUGAAGAACGGGGGAGAGAUCAAAGGGUUGCUGUGGUAUCAGGGGGAGAGCGACACGUCGUCUCAGCAUGAUGUUGAUGUGUACCACGGGAACAUGGUUAGGCUUAUUGAGAAUGUGCGACAUGAUCUUGCUUUGCCUUCACUUCCAAUAGUCCAGGUGGCUAUUUGCUCUGGAGAUGGGAAGUACUUGGAGAAAAUUAGGGAGGUUCAAUUGGGAAUGAAGGUUGAGAAUGUUGUGUGUGUGGAUGCUAAGGGAUCGGAGCUGAAAGAGGAUCAUCUUCACUUGACCACCAAGGCUCAAAUUCAGUUGGGUCAGAAGCUUGCUGAUGCUUACCUCAAGCAUUUUGGAUCAGCAGAAUCUGAUUGUCAUCCUGCCCUUUAGAGUAAACUUUGCAAUUUGUUUGCUAUGUCAAUGUUUUGAAGCUUUCUGCUUUAUGUUGGUUACUAGUAGGAUUGCGAGUAUGAGAUCAUUGUCAAUUGGUGCUUUGGCUUAGAAUCAAUGUGCUGGUGUAGAGGACUUGAGGUUUUUUGAAUCAUGAGCCAUGUAUGAGUCCACUUAUCAACCAUCUGGGUUCAUUUAUCAAUCAUGAAUUCAUGAUCCAUGUAUGAGUUCAUUUAAGGAGGGAAACCUUGUCAAGGGGAGCACAUUACCUAUUGCCAAAAUCCCUAUGCCAAACAGUGCCCCUUUACAAGGUCAUUGUAGCAAUCAAGAAUUCAAGAUUAUGAAUAUAAUUUUGACUUU